UGGGUGGAGCUCCGCUUUAAGGGCCAGUUCACACUGUGUUCCUGCGCAAUUUCUGUGUGACUCACUGUGGUCAGAUUGCACAACCAGUGCAUUUUGGACACGAUGUGGGAAGCAUGGGCUUCCCACACCACAUUCUAGUGUGAACAAGCCCACAUUUAAGUUUUACUAAACCUAGGACCCUGCAUUCACUAUAUCUGGUCUCUCAGGAUCCUGCAUUCACUAUAUCUGGUCUUCCAGGACCUGCAUUCACUACAUCUGGUCUCCCAGGACCUGCAUUCACUACAUCUGGUCUCCCAGGACCAUGCAUUCACUACAUCUGGUCUCCCAGGACCCUGCAUUCACUAUAUCUGGUCUCCCAGAACCCUGCAUUCACUAUAUCUGGUCUCCCAGGACCCUGCAUUCACUAUAUCUGGUCUCCCAAGGCCCUGCAUUCACUAUAUCUGGUCUUCCAGGAUCCUGCAUUCACUACAUCUGGUCUCCCAGGACCUGCAUUCACUAUAUCUGGUCUCCCACAGACAUGCAUUCACUAUAUCUGGUCUCCCACAGUACACAGAACACAGAAAAGCAAUUAUAUUAGUAAAUGUAAAUAGCUAAAUACCUUUUCUCAUCAGCAGUUAGAGCAGGCUUGUGA